AUGUCUGGGGGCUCAGAGAGUGAUGACUCUGUAACAGCUAAUGGGAGGGUUUACAUUCCUGAAGUAAGAAAUGAGGAAACACCAGCAGUUGGGAUGAAGUUCGACUCGCUUGACCUCGUUUAUAAUUUCUAUAAUAGAUAUGCAUUCUUGGCUGGCUUUGGUGCAUACCGGAAUGAUGAAACUCGGGAGAGAAAAAGACAGCGGGGAAUAAGUAGAUGCAAUUGCAAAGCUAAGAUUGUGGUUGUGAAGACACAUGGGAGCAAGAAGUAUACCAUCUCUCUUUUUGCAGAGGGACACAAUCAUAAGAUGACACCCUCAGGAAGAAUGCAUUUACUGAGAUCACACCGUCGUAUUUCAGAUUCUACAAAAGUACUUACAAAACAGUUGGGUUCGGUUAAUAUUCCCAUUAAUCAGAAGGUAAGUAUUUUCGAGGUGCAAUCCGGAGGAAUGGAUAAAAUCGGUUUUAUCAAAAAGGAUAUGUACAAUCUUGAAUGUAGUGUGAAUGAGAAGCUGAGGAACCACGAUGUUGAACUAGUGACCGAGUAUUUUAUGGCUGAACAGAAAAAAAAUGAGGCUUUUUAUUUCAAGAUUGAGGGAGAUGGCGAUAACAGGUUUAGUCGAUGUUUUUGGGCAGAUGCAACUUCUAGACGGGCGUACGGGUUUUAUGGAGAUGUUGUUGUAUUUGAUACCACAUUCAACACGAAUAGAUACGACUUGACAUUUGCACCAAUGUUGGGAGUUAAUAACCAUGGUCAAACAAUUGUCCUAGCAUGCGCAUUUUUGAGCAAGGAAACGACUGAGUCGUUUAUUUGGAUGUUUGAGGAGUUUAAGAAAGCCAUGCCAGGUGGCGAACCUAAAACGAUCAUCACAGAUCAAGAUGCGGCAAUGAGCAGAGCGAUUUCAAUAGCCUUCCCGACUACAUUUCAUCGACUUUGCAUAUGGCACAUCACAUCAAAGUUCUCUGUUAAGUUACCACAUUCUGCUUAUAAGGAGUAUUGGGGUGAAUUCCAGAAAGCCAUAUGGGAUACUGACAAUAAGGAUGAGUUUGAUGCAAAAUGGAAUAUUGUGGUUACAAAGGCUGGUUUGACUGACCAUCCAUGGGUAAGUUCAAUGUUUGAUUUAAGGGAAUCUUGGGUUCCAGCCUACGCACGACACUUUUUUGCCGCUGGAAUGUCAAGCAGCCAAAGAGCUGAAUGUUCUCAUGGUUUCUUCAAGCAAUACAUAUCAAGGAAAAAUUCGUUGAUGGAUUUCAUAAUAAGAUUUGAGAGGGCACUUUCUCAUCAACGUCAAAAAGAGAUGAGAACAAUCAGACAUGAUUUUCUUUCCGUGUGCGUGGUGCUGCGAACUUGUGGUGAGGAAAUAUACCACACAAGUAUAUGGUCAAGGUCUUCCUCUACAUUGCCUGCUUAG